GCCCUCCCCAACGCCCGCCUGAGCGCGGCGGAUUCAAACGGGGCUCGAACGGGGCCGCGGGAGCCGCGUCCUCCUCCCCCGGCCGAGCUUUCUCCUCCCCGGCCGAGCGGCUCCGGCCCCCGCGGCUGAGGGAGUGGGACCGGGACCGGGAUACACUGGCGCUGCGUCCGGUAAAACCUGAGGAGAGACGGGCGCUGCCGCCGCGCGCAGCGGGUGACCUCGGUCCCCUCAGGGUAUCCCGAUCCGCCUCGGGGCGUGCUGGUUCCACGCAGGUAGGGCAGGCGGUGUGAUGAUGGAGGACAUGGCAUCCUCAGACCUGGAACAUUUAUGCUUCCACAUCAAUGCGAAGAUUUCAAGUAUUAAAAAGUGUAUCCUAUUGAGGAACAUAGGUGAAGAUGAACGCCGCAAAGCUGCCCUCCAUAAAAUAGGGAAUGAGGUGAUCCUUAUACAUGAACUCCUGAAUCAAAUGGAAACUGAAGUUAAACAGCAAGAAAAACUGAAGGAUUUGCUAAAAGAGAUGCAGAAGACUGCUGAGAGAGAUCAAAAUGAAGCACAGCACCUCCUUGAACACAUUCCACCCUAUCUGCCCAAACCAACUCAGAGCUGCAUCACGGUGCCGACUGGGAAACAAGAAGAGCAAGCAAAGGCCAGAGAACCUGAAUGUGCAAAGAAACCUGCAAAAGAUACCAAACUCGUUAAAGAAGCAGCAUUAAUAACCAUGGAGGAGUUUGAAAGUGUUCCUGCGUAUAUGAAAGGCCGUCUCACAUAUGAUCAGAUCAAUGCAGUUGUUCAAGAGAUGAACAAGGCUGUGGUGGCCAAGUACAAGAUCUUGUAUCAGCCUUUGAAAUCUAUGAGUGUACCAGUCAGGAAUCUCUACGACAGGUUCAUGGAAGAAGAAACUAAGGAUACAAGAGGACUAUUUUUUAUUGUGGAGGCUGAUAUCAAGGAGUUCACUCAGCUGAAAUUGGAUAAGCGUUUCCACAGCAUCCUCAACAUCCUGAGGCACUGCCAGAGAGUGAGAGAGGUCCGCGGCUCAAGGCUCGUCCGCUACGUCAUCUGCUAACGAGCUCCUCGUGUCUGCCUGCCCAGGAGAGAGAUCUGCCACCUGUGUUCUUGUCUCAAAGGCAGCAGUGAGGGCCAGGGAGUGGUUUUCAGGCAUCUACCCUAAAUUAGGAGUGGCGUUGAAGUAUUUGAGUUUUGUUUUGAGAAGUUAUGGGGAACUACUGUUUUUUGGUAAAUUAC